GGCUGGGCCCCGCCCUUUGACUCACCUCGUUCGUUAGAUGUAUUUUUUUUGUAUGUUUCUGGUUUGUUUAUGACGCGGCUCAUUGGCCCCGUUAGCUUGACAGCUGACCGAGAGAGUAUGCGGUUGUAAAAAAACGCACUCGUCGAAGUCCCAUUUCAUGGAAGCUACUGUGCCGUGAACGACAGAUGUAUAGGAGGGUAGAGAGCUAGUUUAGCAGUAGGCGUUGGUGAGUCGAACGAACAGAUUAGAGUUGUUAGCCUAGCAUUUUGGCUCAUCUGUAACAGUCAUGGAGUGACGUUGGACAGGAAGGCUGGGCCAAGCCAUUUAUACUAUAACAUAGAUAUAUAGAGAAGGCAGUGUAUAGAGGAACAAGUGCAUGUGUGUGUAACGCUUAACACUCGCAGGUUAGGCUUCUAGACAGCUGCCUGGCGACUGAAGUUGACUUAGCUUGUGAGCUACAUUCAUGUUAGCAUGGCGUCAGAUACAAGUGACACCGACGAAUUCUAUGAUGCUCCCGAGGACAUUCAUUUGACUCCAUCUCCCAAAGUGUCACCUACAAAGUUCGCCAUUCCUUCACCUCAGUUUGUACAGAGAUCAGUGAACGCAGCACAAGAUGUGAGCUGCGGAGUGGCUGCAUCUGAGACUCAGCAAGACGAUUCCCUACUGAUCAUUGACAGCAUCAUUGAGGAGAGUCAAAAGGGAAGUGUAGGUGACGUUGGUGAGGUGGCUCAACUGUUAGAUCAGCUACAAGUCGAUGCGAGAGCAGAACCGGAGCCAACGGAAGAGAAUAAUGCUCAGGAAGUUCCCGUGGAGGUCGCAGCGCCAGCUGUCGAACCCCAUCUUGUCGAGAGGCCAGAGGAAGAACAGGAAAGCGCAGCGACGAACGGAGCGUGCUCUUCACCUGCCUCUGAACCCACGGAUGUCCCAGGGCCAUCGGUUGUUCAGCCCCCGGACAUCACCAGCACCGUAGGACUCAUUCAGCUGGCUGGGGAGCAGGAGCAGAGACCUGCAGACAUCUUAGACCAGGUCCCGUUCGCGGACAGGCCGGCCGACUCGGACUCCUCUGGGCCGACGAAACCCCCGCGGCACAUAACAGCGGAACCAGACAUUGUAGCAAGCACCAAGAAGCCUCCUCCCUCGCGCCCACCCCCUCCCGGCGGAGGUCCUCCACCGAGACCGCCUCCACCUGCUUGGCAGAGUCUACCUUCCAAGAAGUCCCAGGAGUGUCUGAGGCCAAGUGGACUGGAAGUGUCUGCAGUCAGCGAUGAUGUUCUGGAGCCCUCAGGCCUGGUGUCUCCCAGCAGCACAGUGAGGAGUCUAACCAAAGAGCUGCAGCAUUCCUUGGAUCUGGCCAGUGCUACCAGCGGGGACAAAGUAGUGACGGCAAAGGAAAAUGAGGAUGAACAGGCGUCAUGUCAGAGUGGAGGACAAACUCCAGGCCCUCAUCGUCCACGUUCCAACUCUGGUAGAGAACUGACAGAUGAAGAAAUUCUGGCCAGUGUGAUGAUCAAGAAUUUGGACACUGGGGAAGAGAUCCCUUUAAUCCAGGCAGAAGAGAAACUUCCUGCGGCGAUCAACCCGCUCACGCUGCACAUCAUGAGGAGGACCAAGGAGUACAUUACGAAUGAUGCAGCACAGUCGGAUGACGAUGACAAGGCUCAGGCUCCGCUGGCAGACACAGAUGGAGGAAAACUAAAACAGAAAACAACACAGUUUAAAAAGUUUCUGGGCAAGUCGGUUAAGAAGGCCAAGCAUUUCGCUGAGGAAUAUGGAGAGAAGGCGGUUAACAAAGUGAAAAGUGUGCGCGAUGAAGUGUUCCAUACAGACCAAGACGAUCCGUCAUCAAGUGACGAUGAGGGCAUGCCUUACACCAGGUCUGCCAAGUUCAAGGCAGCGCACAGCUUCAAGGGGCCCUUUGACUUUGAUCAGAUUAAAGUGGUGCAGGACCUGAGUGGAGAGCACAUGGGGGCCGUUUGGACGAUGAAGUUCUCUCACUGCGGGAGGCUGCUGGCGACCGCGGGCCAAGACAACGUGGUUCGCAUCUGGGUCUUAAAGAUCGCCUUUGACUACUUCAAUAACAUGAGGUUAAAGUACAACACCGAAGGUCGGGUUUCACCGUCUCCUUCUCAGGAAAGUUUAUGCUCCUCUAAAUCUGACGAUCACGGGGCAAGUUGUGCUCCAGAGGACCCAGACACAGAAGAUAAUAGGAACGCCCCUUUCCGUCAAGUCCCCUUCUGCAAGUAUAAAGGUCAUACGGCGGAUCUAUUGGACUUGUCCUGGUCAAAGAACUUCUUCCUCCUCUCCUCUUCCAUGGAUAAAACGGUCAGAUUGUGGCACAUAUCCAGGAGAGAGUGUCUCUGCUGCUUUCAGCACAUUGAUUUUGUUACAGCCAUUGCUUUCCAUCCCAGAGAUGACAGAUACUUUUUAAGUGGCUCUCUGGAUGGAAAGCUCCGGCUCUGGAACAUUCCGGACAAAAAGGUGGCGUUGUGGAAUGAGGUGGACGGCCAGACACGCCUCAUCACGGCAGCUAACUUCUGCCAAAAUGGGAAGUACGCCGUCAUCGGCACCUACGAUGGCCGAUGCAUCUUCUAUGACACAGAGCGUCUGAAAUACCACACUCAAAUUCACGUGAGGUCCACCAGAGGCCGGAACAAAGUUGGGCGAAAAAUCACUGGCAUUGAACCUCUACCUGGAGAGAAUAAGAUUUUGGUGACCUCAAAUGAUUCCCGCAUUCGCCUUUAUGACCUGAGGGACUUGUCUUUAUCCAUGAAAUACAAAGGUUACGUCAACAGCAGCAGCCAGAUCAAGGCGAGCUUCAGUCACGACUACUCCUUCAUAGUCAGUGGCUCAGAGGAUAAGUACGUGUACAUCUGGAGCACUUACCACGACCUGAGCAAAUUCACUUCCGUACGACGGGACCGCAAUGACUUCUGGGAAGGAAUUAAAGCACACAACGCAGUAGUCACCUCAGCAAUUUUUGCACCGCACCCAGGCCUUAUUGUUCCACCAGAAGCUGGAGCAGACAAACCAGAAGCGGAGUGCAAGAGCCUGGACUCCACAGACUCUGAAACGAUACCCUCAGGAGCCCUAAAGACGGAUCACACGGAGGUUCUACUCUCCGCCGACUUCACUGGAGCCAUCAAGGUUUUCAUCAACGUAAAAAAGUACUGAGCACUUCUGAGGUCGUCCGCUCACCCACACCCGGUCCCGUCCGUCUUAAAGACGAAGGACGGCCCUAAUGGUUAUUGCUCCGAGACAAAGAGCCUUCUGUAGCUUCUUCGGGAGAACAGGGACCCUACAAUGGAAGAAAUUGACUGUAUAAUACAGACACGGUGUGAUUCCCUGUCACAUUUCUAUUUUUAAUCUUUAAUACCAAGCAACUGUGAAUGGUUUGGCAUUAAGAAAAGAAAAAGAGCCAGAAAUGCCAAGUGUGUGUGGUCUGUUCAGGUAUGUGUUCAUUUACAGUUUAGCUACAAGGCUGUUUGGUCGUAGAAUGGGCACCUUACUAAUUUCUUUUGCUUUCACAUUUCAGUUAAGUGCAAGACACUGUCCUAAUGUCACUCUCAAAUUUUAAUGUGUCUUAUGUAAAGAGAUGUAACCAUUGUCUUGAAAGCAAGGUGGUUUGAAAUUGUGUGCCUAUGAAAUCUAGAUUGCUUUUCUAAAUUCAGCCUUUCAAGCCUUUCCUCUAAAAUAUAUCAAAACAUUUUAGCAGAUGACCGCAGACCUACGGUACGGGAAAUCUGAAUGCGGUUCCUAAUGGUUCCUAAUGAGGGCUGGGUAUCUCACAAUCUUUCACAAACAAUACUGGCUCAUAAGUGCUUUUGAUAAGUUUUGUUCAAUGAGAGCACGUUCUAUAAUACUUGCAGCUUUUUGUAAACAGAACCAAAUGCUCGAUUAUCCUCAAUAAAAGUCCAAAUAAACAACGAAUGUUUGAUAACCUUUUUUUAACAUCGAACAAUUAAGUAGAGAAAGUGUUUUGAUACCUGGCCCUACCAAACAUGUCCUCCACACCCACACAUUCAUCACCAACAGUGAUUUAUUUAGUUUCAGAACUUUACAGCAACAUGUCGGGUUAUCAUUUUAAAAACAAACAUAAAAACAAAAAUAUAUAUAAUUAGUUACAGUGUUCAAACUUCAUCAUACAAAAAGAGUGCUGAAUCUUGCAUGGAUAGUGUGAGUUGGGACCAAGAGAACAGAGCAGUGUGUGACCCGCUGAUGGAGGACAGGCCUGAGAGUCAAUGUUUGCUCUUCUUUGCCUUCUUGUGGGAGCGAUGCGGCGACCGCGACCUGGACUUCCUCGUCUUCCGGCUUGGAGACGGCGAUCGGGAACGCUUGGACCAUUUGGGAGACCUUGUCCUGUUUUUAAAAAAAAAAAAAAAAAAAGGUUGAACAUAUAACAGAUUGACUUCAAGGAUAAUCAAUGGCACUCUACAGAAACCUCUCAUUGCACUUGCUUUAACGGGGAGAUGCUCCUGGAUUUUCGGGUGUGGUCAUCAGGAUCUCGACUCCAUCCUCGUCUCCUGACCCCGUCUUCACUUCUUUUGCUCCUGUCUUUGUCUCUUCUGUCGUCCUUUGACUUGUCUUUAGACUUUUUCUCAGUCUUUUCUUCAUCUUUUUCAAACUCCUAUAGCAGACGGGGUAAAAACAUCCCAAUGAUGUCAGAUAUAGGCUUCUAUGUCUUUACCUGUUGAGACGCAAAACACGACAUGGAACCUGCUUAACUCAUAAUCGCCUGCCGGUUCUCCACAAUGUGCAGCUGUUUUGUCAACGUCAGACCAGUGCUCAACUAUUCCACCUAUUAACAGAACUACUACAGAUCUGCAGAUGUGUACCAGUUCAUAUCAACCUUGACACCUACAGGCAGAGAAAGGACAAGUUUCUCUUAUAGAUGCUGUUUUCUCUGUGUGGCCAAAACUAUUAGCAGCAAAAUGCACAAAGUAAACAGUUCUUACUUAUUCAACAGAGACUGUGCUGGAGUAAACAAGCCAUCAAUUGCAACUUUAGCUAGACUUUCCUUUCCUGCAGCUGGCUCACAUCGUACUAAAUGUGCAGAUCUGAAGCUGCCCGCCCCGUGGCUCUGCAGCUACUCAUGGCCUGUGUCUAAUUUUGAGUGCUUUGCAUCAGUAACACUUUUUUUUACUGUGCCAAUUGACUAAUUUCAUAGUCUAAUUUUAAUGUUCUGUACAUUUUUGCCCCACACUGUUCUUGAUUAAAGAAAUAUUUCUAUUA